AUGAGUGGAAAUAUAUUGGAAAUGGUCCUCUCAAAAAACUCAACUUUUGUAAUGCGUUCAGGAACAAAUCUUGAAGAAGUAACAAAGUUAUUUACAUUAAUGCAUGAAAAAAAAUUAACACCUAACAAAACAACUAAACCAAUUCUCAAGAAUAUUUUUCGUCAUCAUUUAAAUAAUGAUGCAAUAUCUUGGAUUCGAGAGUUAAGAGAGAAAAAUUUUAUUGAUGUAGGUUUCGAGGAUAUGAAGGCAAGAAAUUUGAAGCCAGAUAUUUAUUCAUAUGUUCCGUUGAUUCAUCAACUUGCACAACAUGAAAGGGCUGAUGAAGCAUUAAAGCUAAUAGAAGUUAAAGAACAAAAAGUUCAUCUAAACACUGUAGCUUACAACGUUUUUAUUAAAAAAAUGUCAGAUAUGAACAUUCAACCUAACGAAUAUAUUUAUUAUUUAAUGAUCGAAAUGUUUUCAAAUUUAUCAUAUCCAAUCAAUGGAAAAUGUUUUAACAAGGCACUUCAAACUUGUCGACUUAUGAUAAAAUCAGGGAUUGAACCUAAGAUAAGCACAUAUAACGCAUUAUUAUCACUUUUUACUGAGAAAGGAGGCAAAAAAGGUGCUCGUUUGUUGUUUCGUGAAAUGCAACGAUUUGGAUUAUCUCCUGACGUAUAUACUUAUACUUCACUUAUCAACGCUUAUGUGAAAGCUUCAGAUAUAAAAAGCAGAAAAAUUCUCUCUGAAAUGAAAAAAGCUGGGAUUGAACCAUCAAUUACAUGCAACAUUUAA